AUGGGAGCUGCACCAUCUAAAAUUGUAGAGACUCUAUUGGAGGACACCAAUUUUGACAGAGAUGAGAUAGAAAGGCUACGUAAACGGUUUAUGAAAUUAGACAGAGAUAGUUCAGGGUCUAUAGACAAAAAUGAGUUUAUGAGUAUACCUGGCGUGUCUGCAAACCCAUUAGCUGGACGUAUUAUGGAAGUCUUUGACGCUGACAAUAGUGGUGAUGUUGAUUUUCAAGAGUUUAUUACUGGGCUUUCUAUAUUCAGUGGAAGAGGUUCAAAAGACGAGAAGUUAAAGUUUGCAUUCAAAAUAUAUGAUAUAGACAAGGAUGGUCUGAUAUCCAACGGUGAGCUUUUCAUUGUGUUAAAGAUUAUGGUGGGCUCAAACCUUGAUGACAAGCAAUUGCAACAGAUUGUUGACCGUACUAUCAUGGAGAAUGAUUUAGAUGGUGAUGGUCAACUAAGUUUUGAAGAAUUCAAGAGUGCUAUUGAAACUACCGAAGUAGCAAAGAGCCUGACCCUUCAGUACAGCGUGUAG